CCGCCGGAGCACCACCAGCAACAACAACAACAGCGACACCGAACAUGUCCACGAACAGCGGUGGUGGUGGUGGCGGUGGAGGGAACUUUCCGACCAUCGUAGCGGUGUCCAACUAUCACGAUAUUUACGUUCAACAGCAGUCCCGGAACGAGGGGUUAGAUAGCACAAAUACGGCAACAACAACAACAACAACAACCACAGCACCUCCGGAUCGGGCGACCCCAGUGAACGCAAGGACGAUGGUGGUGGCGAUCCCCCCACCAACCUCGCAGCAGCCGGCCGCAUCGUCAUCAUCGUCGUCUUCUGGUGCGGCCCGAAUCGCCGUUUAUCCCACCGCUGCGGGCCCACCAACGUUACUAGCGCCAGCGGCCAACGAUCUGCCUUCGUACGAGGAAGCGGUAAACAUCGAGGGACCGCCACCGUCGUACGAUUCACUGUACGAGGUGGCCCGGGAAGUGCACAAAACCUCGCUAGGAGUACUAGAUUUUGUAAAGAACAUCGUCAUCCUCGUCCUUGGCACCCUUGGUUGCACCAUCAUCCUCGGUAUCACGAUCGUCAUCCCGGUGUGUAUGCUUGUGUUCGGGACCGUCUACCUGUACGAUUGUCCCCAGGGGGAGUACAUCCCGGUGUAUCUGCUCGUUGGCGGUGGCUUUGGUGUGCUGAAGCAGCUACUGCACCUGUCGACCCGGGUGCGCAGCCGGGAGGAGCAAGAGCUGGAACGGCUCCGGCAGACGCCUACCCAGACGCUGAUCAACUGCUUCAUGCUGGGCUGGUUUAUUAUCGGAUCGUUCUGGAUCUAUCGCAUCUACGAGCCGAACUACGAUCCGGCGCUCGGCAAGUACUGCAACAAGUCACUGUACCUGUUCACCUUCUGGCUGAUCACCUCCGUCUACAUGAUGCUCGGCAUCGUGGCCGUCGUGCUGUGCAGCGUCAGCAUCAUCAGUCUCAUCUUUCACCGGCACUCCUAAACCGCGCACACUGAGCUGGUCCAUCAGCCAUCAGGGGCAUAGGGCAUAGGAAUACACCAGGGGGACCAGAGAACCCGGGGCAUUGCCCGGGGCAAAACCCUCCUCCCACUAGUAAAGGUCUUUUUUGUUUGUUUUUUGGCCGUUGAAACCACUUCGUAACCAAGCCUCGGGACCUAUUUACUGUCGUGGUACGCAAAGAGGGAACAUUAAGAACGGCCCACCGUUGGGGUUUUCCCUGUUUGUUCCCAACUAAUCCAUAAGCGAUCGUACAAUCGACAAGCGUACAUACACCGUCCGCUGAUCGCAUACACACCCCCAACCAGCCCGCGGCUUUUGUGACGCUUCUGUGACGUGUUAUCUAGCCUGGAAGGUGGUGUGGAGAAAACGCACUAAAUCGCUUGCUUCGAUUUGCACGUUGAACGUGAUUUGUUGUUGCUACGUUUUUGUGUAUGUGUUGCGCACGCUGCGAUGGCAACAGUUACUGCUUUGGCUCUCUUUUGCACUCUGCUGUUCGCUCUGUUGUUUUCCCCCGAUGUGUAUUUUUAUUUUUGUAUGAAAAUUCAAUAUAAAACGAGCAACGAAUACAUCAGACACUCUGUGAGAGGAUACCCGUGACAGGGGUUCUUGUACGCUCCUCGAGGAGGCCAGUUUGAGUUAGUGGUUAAGAAUUAGUUAUAUAAGUUCAAGCGACCGAAACGACCCGAUACCUACCGGGGUAAACGAUCAGCAGCAAUAGAUCACAUUCUUCCCAUCACCAACAUGAUAACAUCCUUUUUCUGAUCGAACAACAUGACCGAACAGAAGGCGCAUGCUCACUAGAUUGUCAUGGUAGCCAUGGUGAGCUCUCAUCGUAGCUUUCAUCGCCCACUACUUAGGCUAGCCAACUAAAGCGAAAUCGAAUUGAAUUGAUUGAGUAUUAAAUCUUUCCCUACGACAGAGAGUCUGAGCGGCAGACAAAAAAGGAAGUGAUAGAGGAACAGCUCACUCAAUAGGGGACACCACACACCAACCCCCUCUCUCUGUCUCUCUCUCUCUCUCUCUCUUCCCUUGGAAGGCUUAGUUCGAAAAGUGUCUUUCAUUUUUGGCUAACCACUUUCCUAACGACUUAGAAAAUACUAUUCGCUGCAACUAUAUACAUACAUAUAUAUAUUUGUACGUGUGUGCGUGUGUGUUUCGUGAUAUUUUUCGCUCCUUUAACGACGCACAAAACAGGAUUAUGAAAGCAAGACAGAGAAAGAAAGAGAGACAUGUGUAUUUAUCUGCAUAAAGGAAAAGUGAAGGAAACUGUUUGUUCGCUUCAAUCGAUUACAAGAAGAAGAAAAAACAAAAACCAACAACAACACCCCACACAAAAAAGCACCACUAUGAUAAAUGGUGUAUUCAUAAUUAUUAUUAAAUUUGUUUAGAUGUUAAACAACCAACAACCACCAUCAACCGAGAUUCGCACGACAUGAUAGCGACGUUGAGGAUGAAGAUGAAGGAAUGAAUGAGAGCGGGCCGGAGUCCAUUUUUUACUGCGAGGUGUAGUGGAUGAGUCAGGGGAUACGAUUGAAGGGCGUGAAAUGGAGAAAUUUGAAGAAGAAAAAAAACGAUACUAUAUAUACAUAUACAUAUAUAUUUACUCGAGAACACUGCUGAGAUGAGUUUUGAUGAGCAUGGUUGGGGGGCCCCCCUCUUAUCCCUAAGUCAGCCUGCUGCCAAAGAGUACGCUCGGAGGGGAGACCGAAGGGGUUGGGGAUGAACGCGCCAUGAACGCCUCGCGAUUGCUUCGACCGGAUGUGCCGCUCUAGGUGAGAUGAGACACGGGAAUGUUUCCAUUUCUUCAAAUUGCCAGAACCAAUAAAGAUAAACACACCUUCAAAACACAA